AUGGCCGCUUCCGCAAUCGUCGCGUCUGCCAUUCAAGCACUGGGCUCAUUGCCUCCCGUCCGUCUAGGUCUUGUCGCAGUCCCCGUCAUUUCACUGAGCGUUCUCGCCGUAUACAGUCUUUUAUCUGGCGACAAUUCCAACCCCUACCUCACAAAGAGAGGUUUCCUCCACCCUUUUGUCACCGCAGAAGUCAAAGCAAUCUGUCAGGUCCACUAUCGCAUCUGGAACGCCGACCUAAUCCGCGAGCCUGAAACCUUCUUCGACAUUCUCGACCUGGACACCUCCAAGAAGCCCUUUGUUGACAAUAACUGGCUGACUGAGGGAGAGACUCCCCACCACGAAGCGCAAAAGAUCAUCAUGGAAAAGUGGGCAGAGCGACGGAACAGAUUGAGGGGAUGGGGACGCGCCAGUGAGCGAGCACAUCAUCUCGAUCAAGUUGGCAAGAUCAUGACAAACCCCACCAGCGCUAGGAUCUACACGCUCCAGUUCCUUUCCAAGAUCAAGCACAAAAGAGGAGACAACCGGCUCGGAGCACUUGAGGAGGUUUGCAAAGGAUUCUGGGAAGCACCGCAGUUCAAGAAGAAGAAAGAGCUGUAG